GUUUAAUUUUACAAUCGUGUUUACUGUGCCUUCCUCCACUUAAAACGUCAGUACCUAUAGGCCAAGAGAUCAUAAUAUAACGAAAUCAAUUAAACAAUGAUUGUUUUGUUCGUGCUGCUCGCCUGUAAUGUUGCUUUUGCUCAAAAACCUGACCUGAUGUAUGAGUGGGCCUCAUUGGACUAUGACUGGCCAGACGAAACUUCAAGAAAUGAUUCAAUAAGCAAUGGAACGUUCAUUGUAGAAAACAAUGCACUUACUGGCUUAAAACUCUACAAAGGUGACGUUUUUGUAACUGUCCCUAGAUGGCGCCUUGGUGUUCCUUCAACCAUGAAUAAGGUCAUCACUAAGGGAAACGCGAAUGUUUUACAGCCAUACCCAAGCUGGAAGAUGCAGGAAAUUGGGAACUGUUCAUGUUUUCAGUUUACCCAGAGCAUGGAGAUCGAUCCCGUCUCUGGUUGGAUGUGGGCGAUAGACACAGGACGUAUUAAUACACUCCCGGGGCCCGGGGAAGGCUCCGCACAAAAUCUAUGCCCCGCUAAGCUUGUCAUUAUCGACAUUGCGAAACGGUCCAUUGUUAGAACGCAUAUAUUUCCCGAGGAGGUCGUAUCAAAGAGUUCUAAUUUCCUAAAUGAUAUUGUAGUGGACCCAAAGGGAGGAUUUGCGUACAUAUCUGAUGCAGCAGAUGCGAAAAUGGUUGUGUACAACUACAACACAGACCGUUCACACAGUAUUAAACACAUAUCAAUGGGCUAUGAACCAGAUGCUAUAUUAUUCACAAUUAACAAUAAAAACUACACCCUAAGAACAACAAUGGACGGAAUAGCGCUAUCACCUGACCGCAGCUCCAUCUUUUAUUGUGCAUUGGCGGGUUUUAGUUUAUAUUCAAUAUCAACUAAGAUUGCAAACGAUCCAAAUGGUAACCACGGUGAUGCAAUAAGAAAGGUUGGUGUAAAGGUUUCGCAAAGCGAUGGUCUCGUAGCAGGCUACAAUAAUCUAUAUUAUGGAGUACUUGGUCUGAACGGACUAUAUAAAUGGGAAAUCUCGAAAGACAUGCGUGAGCAGAGCGUGCCGUACACUAAGGUCAAUCUAACCACUAGAACUGAAAUAUACACCGAUGAUGUUGGGCACCAAUGGGUAGACACAUUUGCUCUUGAAGAGAGCGGAGAGUACCUUUGGUAUACCGCGAACAAGCUACAGGACUUCUUUCCAAAGGGUCUAGACUUCAGCGGGGGAAAUGGAUCAAAUUUCCGAAUCUGGAAAGUGAAGGUCAACGACAGACCAUACAUUCUACCAACCAUUGAAAAUUCAGCUAACUGUAACUAUUUAAAAAAUGUUCGUAUCAUGGUUGCUUUGAUCAUUCUUGUAAUGCAUAUUUAGAAUUCUUUUUUUCAUUCAUUACAAAUACAUUAUGUAUUUUUUUGCAAAUUGCAAAUUGUUUACAUUUAUAAGGAUUAUGAUAAACACUAUUUAAUAAAAAUGGUGACAUCGAUAUAAUUAAAAUGACGAUGUGGCGGGCCAAAAAUAAACACUUCUGAUCUACACAAAAAAUGAAUAUGGUAAUACUUCCCAUGAAGUAAAAUUAAUUACACGCCUGUAUAUCAUACCUGGAUAUGCGAACUCACCUGGUGAUGAUGAUGAUGAUGAUGAUGAUAGUGGUUUGAAUAAUAAAACAUAAAAAAGUUCCCAAGAUUGAAUUAAUUGUGACAUCAAGCCCCCAUAGAUGUGUUAUAUAAAUGCGAAAAUGUAAAAUAUCAAUACCCGAUGAAAC